UGAUAAAAUAUGGCAUAUUGAAAUGACAUUAUGUAGUGAUAAUGUUUUACAAACAACUUUCGAUUAUAUGAAAAAACGAUAUGAUUCAAUGAAUAAUAAAUUACUGUUAUUUGCGAAUGUUCUUAUUGAUUUGGCAAAUUUUGAUGAUGCUGAAAAAUAUUUACAUCGUUUAUUAAAAGAAUUAUUAUCGUGUCCUACGGAUAUUCCGAAAUGUCUUCAUGCGCUUGGAAAAGUAUCUUGUGAAAAAGGAAAUUAUGAUUUAAGUCUUGAUUAUUUUGGCAAAGCUCUUGAAAUUCUUAGAGAAUCUCAACCAAAUGAUUAUCGAAUUGCGCAUAUCCAUAAUAGUAUUGGUGAAGUUUAUCAAAAUAAAGGUGAUAUCGAAAAAGCAUUAGAAUCAUAUAAAGAAGCAUUAAAAAUUUUUCGACAAACUGUUCCCGAUGAUCAUAAAAGUAUCGCUUGGUGUUAUAAUAAUUUAGGUAUUAUCUAUGAAAAACAAAAGAAUUACUCUAAAGCACGUGGAUAUCUUCUAAAAGCCUUAAGUAUUAAAAAAAAAGUUCUUCCUGCUAAACAUUCAUGUUUAGGUAACACAUAUAAUAAUCUUGGAAAUGUUUAUUAUUAUCUUCAUGAAUAUGAUCAAGCAUUAGAAAAAUAUCAAUUAACAUAUGAAAUAUUUAAAGACUGUGUUACACCACGACAUCCUUCAAUGGCAAGAAUACUUAAGAAUAUCGGGGUUAUUUACGAAGUUAAAAAGAAUUUUAUUGGAGCAAAAAAGAAUUAUGAAAAAGCAUUAAAAAUUAGAGAAAAGAUUUUAUCUUCAACACAUCCAGAUUUAAUUGAAAUUAAGAAAGAUAUUGAACGAGUAUCAGCGAAGAUAGAAUAA